AUGCCGUGUGAUCUAUGGAGGGCAGUUUCCAUCCUGACAGCAUCCUGCAGCCCAGAAAGUGGGGCAGGUUUAAUGAGCAAACCCGUUUCUCUAAGAGGAGGAUGUGUAGAUAUAGCAAGUAUCAAGCUUUUGGCUGUGCAGGAGCUGGUGGACAGAGAAGCAUUGGAAAAGUUUUGUACAGAGCUGAACGAACCGACGCUGCCAAACAUCCGCAAGUGGAAGGGCCCUAGAGGAUGUUGGAAGGGUGUUGUUUCCGAAAAACCCUCAGGCCAGCUACACAAGGGAGUCGAAUAUUCUGGCUUCCUCUGGGAUACAACGGCUGGCAUUGAAUUGAAAAAUGCUUCAUCUCAGGAGAGUGCACAGACCAAUGGCAAUGGGAAGCACUCAUAUCCUCACCCAUAUCUUGCACAUUUCAAGGUUGGGAUGAAUGAUCUAACAGUGGUUAACCUUCAUCUGGCCUUGUCACCUGCAGCAGUAGAGAAUACUGGGAAGAACCACGACAGCCACAAACUGGCAUCUUUUGCCCAGACUUUGCAGGAAACUCUGAAAGGAGAAAGAGACGUGAUCAUCCUUGGAGAUUUUAACCAGGCCCCAGACAGCAGCGAUCACGACAUUCUGAGGAAGGAGAAGUUCCAUCACUUGGUCCCUUCCAGCACCUUCACCAACAUCAGCACAAAGAACCCACAAGGGUCCAAGUCACUGGAUAACAUCUGGAUUAGUCGGAGCUUGAAAAAGGUUUUCACAGGCCACUGGGCUGUCGUGCGAGAAGGCCUCACAAACCCAUGGAUUCCUGAUAACUGGUCCUGGGGUGGGGUGGCUUCAGACCACUGCCCCGUGCUGGCCGAGUUUUACCUGGAAAAGGACUGGAACAGGAAGGAGGCGACACGGAAUGGGAACGGGGUGACAGUUGAACGCAACGACUCCCACACCAAGCAUGAACGAUGACGUGAACUCGAGGGUGCCUCUUCUCCUCCCCAGGAGGUGGCCAAAGGCUCUGUUUGGACUGCCUUCUCCUCUCCCUCCUUCCCGCUCUCCUCCUCCCCACGCCUAGAAAGCAUCAGCACUUGAUUUUGGUGGCCCUGGCUUUGUGCCUCUCCUGGUUGGUUGUGAGGUGUCUCGCAGCAGGAGGGCAAUCUGCCACUUUUUUUUUUUUUUUUUUUUUUUUUGUCUGGGGACACAGUGGACAUUUUCACGCCUGGAGAUUUGAAUGAGAAUUGUACAGAAAAUAAAGUGUACUUUUAAUAUGGUA